CCGGCUCUCAGGGGACCAGAUCAACAAACCUGCAACAGAUUGUAGCACGAUGGUAAACAGCAUCUGUUAACCAGCACAUUUCGUUUUCAACGGACAAACAGGAUAUUAUUGUCUUGAGAGUGACUUCGCAAGCUAUUGACUGUAGGUUAGACAAGGAUGGGACUCCUGGAAGAACGGGGCUUUAAUGCUUCGCAAGCCUUGCUGCGCGCACCUGCUGUUGUAGUCACUGCAAGAGAUGGUGGUGCUGGCUUGUCUUGGAGAAAGAUGCGAAGCAAGGGGCGCAGUGCCUCUAGCUGGUCCCCAGGGUUUGAACUGCAUCGAGACGCUGACGAGGCAAAGGCCUCGCAUCUGAGAGCUAUGUAGCUUGCGCACUCUGAUCCCAAACAUUUUACCGGGGCCAGCAGUUCAAACGAGCUCAAAAACAUUUUGCACCUACUUAUCUAGAACACGCAAAAGCCAACCGCAAAGAGAAGUCUCUGCAAGCUAGAUUAGCCACGAAGCAUUAGAUGCAUUAAAAGUAUCGAGGACCAGGGCUAGGCCUGCACGAAGCAAGGGCACGCGCUGCGUAAGCAUGCGGUGACUAUGCGUAAGCUAUGGCAUCGUCCAUACGGUGUCAUAAGAUUAGGGCCCAACAUGCUCUCUGCUUUGUGGCGCUGAUCCGCUGUGUGGCGGUGGCGGCAGGAGCAAAUCUUAUCACGAACGGAGGGUUUGAGACAAACUCCUUCACUGGCUGGACCAAGGCGGGCACAACCAAUUUCUUCUUCGUUUACCAUAACCUCACCGACUUGGCCGCUGACCAGGACGCAGUCCAGGGCGCACAGCCGGACACGUACGCACCCACGUCACGCUCGGGCUACUAUGCGGCGGCGUUCGGAAGCCCGGGCUCGAUCGCGCAGGCCGUCGCCACCACUUCCGGUGUGACGUACACCGUGACGUUCCUCUUCGGUGUCGGAUCGAACAGCGGGAAGGCCACGCCGAACUCACUGACGGUGACGGCCGGGUCAACCACAAUCUUCACCAUGUCAAGUACGCCCCAACAGGACUUCGUCAGCUAUUCGGCCGUGUUUACGGCCAGCAGCACGAGCACAACCGUGAAGUUUGCGUUGACGGACAACCCCUCGUCUCUCCAUCUAGACGACAUUGCCGUGUCGCCUCCAUCACCGCCUCCCCCACCAAAUCCGCCACCACCCAAACCACCGCCACCAAAUCCCCCACCGCCGAGCCCUCCACCCCCUAACCCUCCCCCAAACCCGCC